GUCCCUGUUUUUACAGAAGCAUGCCCAACAUGUUAUUCCACACCUCAACUACGCAAUGCCAUACGACAACAUUUUGGAACAGGUGCAAGAUGCUUCCUGGUAUCAUCUACUGGAGGAAGCACUCAUCCAUCCACAGAACUGCAAUGACAAGCUCUGUGGAAGAUAUUGUCAAUUCGAUGGUCAUUUCAAAGUGUGCAGAUUGCGUUGUGCAAACAAUGAUGUUGACUUGUAUCAGACGGCGAUUGGUGCGAUUGUCAAAGGUUGCCCCGAAACUCCGGAGCCAGGAAGAAGAUGGUGCUCAAAGCAUCUUCCUCAAUCUGAGAACGCGGUUGAAGCCGAAGAUAACACAACAGAUCAAGUUUGGGAUAAAGAAAUUGAAGUCACAGUGCCAGAUAUCAAAGAACCAGUUGCAUCUCGCACACGGUUCAAGACAUGGGCACGAAUGACAAAUGCAGAGUACAUUAUUGAAUCCCGAACAUUCAACGAGGAUUUGUACUACGUUAAGUGGAAGAAUGCGCCCUAUGCAAAGUCGAUCUGGUGUCAUGAGAAUGAUUUUACAGGGAAUGAUGGGCAAAGGGUUCUCAACGAUUUCUUGAAGAAACAAUUACCUAUCGAUUUUUAUCAAGGACCUUUAAGCACUGAUGAUCAUCUUGAACUUGAGCAAGAAAGAACCAAGGCAGCAACAUUGCAGAGAACAUCAUGUACUCCACGAAAAUUUGAUGAGAAUAAACGGAAUACAUGUGG